AUGAGCCCCUUUCAGGCUUUGUAUGGAUAUCCACCUCCUAAGUUUUCUUGGAAUGUUAGUAAAGAAGUAAGAGUAUCAACUGUGGAAGAUUUGCUUAAAGAACAAGAAAAUUUAAGUAAGUUACCGGUUGAUCAAUUAGAAAAAGCUCAACAUAAGAUGAAAUUUUAUGCUGAUAAAAAUAAGACUAAAAGAGAGUUUCAGGUGAGGGAUAUAAUGUAUUUAAAACUACAACCUUACAAGCAAGCCUCUCUUAGAUUAAGAAAGAAUUUAAAGCUUUCAUCAAAGUAUUAUGGUCCUUAUCUUAUAGUUGUAAAGAUUGGGAAAGUAGCUUAUAAGUUGCAGUUACUAGAAUUUUCAAAAUUGCAUCCUGUUUUUCAUGUUAACCUCUUAAAGAAAAAGGUUGGCACUAAAGAUGUCCCUAGUCUAACCCUUCUGAAAGUGGGCAAGAAUGGUCAACCAUUGGUAUAUCCAGCUGUUGUGCUUGAUAAGCGAAUGGUGAAGAAAAAUAACAAGGCAGUCACUCAGCUAUUAGUAGAGUGGUCUAAUUUGGGUUCAGAGAAUGCUAUAUGGGAGGAUUUCUCAGUCCUUAAAUCUCAAAUUCCACUUUUUGAUCCUUAUGGACAAUGA